UCCAUGGAAAACACUACAGAGGUGACUGAGUUCAUCCUUGUGGGGUUGGCUGAUGACCCAGAAGUGCAGAUUCCACUCUUUAUCAUCUUCUCUCUCAUCUACCUCAUCACUGUAGCUGAGAACCUGGGGAUGAUUGAGUUGGUUCUGUUGGACUCUCUUCUCCACACUCCCAUGUACUUUUUCCUCAGUCACCUCUCUCUGAUGGACUUUGGUUACUCCUCAGGUCCCAAGGUGAUAGCAGGAUUCCUCACAGAAGACAAAAUCAUCUCCUACAAUGCUUGUGUCACCCAGUUCUUCUUUGCAGUCUUUAUCAUUGCAGAAAGUUACGUCUUAGCCUCAGUGGCCUAUGACGGCUAUGCAGUAGUGUGCACACCCCUGCAUUACACCACCACCAUGACGACUAAUGUGUGUGCAUGUCUGGGCAUAGGCUGCUACUUCUGUGGUUUCCUGAAUGCCUCCAUCCGCACUGGGAACAUUGUCAGGCUCUCCUUCUGUAGGUCCAAUGUGGUCGAUCGCUUCUUCUGUGACGUUCUUCCUCUCCUGGCUCUCUCAUGCUCAGACAACUACAUCAGUGACAUGGUUAUUUUCUUUGUGGUGGGUUUCAAUGCCCUCUUUUCUAUCCUGGUAAUCUUGAUCUCCUACCUGUUUAUAUUUAUCACCAUUCUGAGGAUGCGCUCAUCUGAAGGAUGCCAAAAGGCCUUUUCCACCUGUGCUUCCCACCUCACUGCCGUCUCCAUCUUCUGUGGGACAGGCAUUUUCAUGUACUUACAGCCCAGCUCCAGCUAUUCCAUGGGCACAGACGAAAUGGCCUCUGUGUUGUACACCAUGGUCGUCCCCAUGCUGAAUCCAUUGGUCUACAGCUUGAGGAACAAAGGGGUCAAGAGUGUCUUUAAAAAGGCUGUGGGGAAGACAAAGUCUUCUAGAGAAUUUGUAUUUUAA